AUUCAUCUCUGACUUUGUGUUAUAAAGAAUACUAUGUCCCCAAUCCAGUUCAUUCGUCCUUUGUCUAUAAGAAUCGGUUGGUAGUAACAGCUGGAGAAGGUCGAAUAAUUGUCAUAAAUUUUGAUAGAAAUAUGUUUUCAGAUGGAAAGCUUGUUUCUUUACACACAAUUCCCGUAAUUUUUCCAAAAGGAACCGUUAGGUUGUGCCAUUAUAUUACUUCAGAACAAAAUUCAUCUGAUGGAAUAUUUUAUGCUUUGACAGUCAAUGGAAGAUUAAUUCGCUCUCAAUUUUCGCUUACAAGCGAUCAAACUCCAAAGCAUAUGAUGAGUGUUGAACAACUGAAGAAUGAAAUUCAAAAACAAACGACUAUUAUCAAAGAAUUGACAUCUAAACAAGCAAUAUUGGACAAAAUUAAUGAGGAAUUGAAUCCUGCGAUUAUCGCUCGUAAUGAAGUCGUUCAGGAAUUACAACGUGUUUAUAAAAAACGCGAAGCCGGACAAUUGGAUAAAAAUAAUUCUCCAUUAAAUGUUGAAUGUUUUCCGAUAACUCUGCCAUGUUCUAUGAAUGGAAGCAUUACGCAAAGGAUAUUUUUAAGAAUUCGCUUAACAAGUAGGAUUGGAAUUGAUUGGUCAAAAUGGUGGUCAUUACUUGUUACUAUGACAAAUAAUAGAUCUUUUCAUUCUUCAAAUAAUGAAAAAACUAAGCGAGAGAAUUUAUGUUAUUCUGUGUCAUUAUUGGAUAUGACUACUACGUGGGAACGAGAUAUUGAAAUAAAUUUACGAUUUUUACAUUUUCCAAUUUUCAUUAAACUUGCAUUGUGUUUUGCACCUCCAUCACCAAUAGAUCAUACAAACGACUCUCAAUAUAAACCGCAAGCGACAUAUUUUCCCUUGAUGAAUUUGCAAUAUGACAUAUUGGAUUUUAUAAAACCAUGUUCUCAACACGUGUUACAAAGAUUACAAGAAGAGCGUCAUUUUACAGUAUAUCCUUCUUUGCCUGAUUUUAUCACACCAUUUGAUAGUGAUUUUUUUGCCACAAAAAAUGAUUUUAGGAGAUCUAUUGAAAAUUUAAUAAAUAAAUUAAAUAAAGGAUCUGAGGUAAAGGAUUUUUUUUGUUGUUGCUUCUAUUGUUGUAAUUCUGAUCGUUUAAUUUUUUCUCAUUUAUAUAUAUAUACAUAGAAAACUAAACCUUAUUCGGAUUUUAUUUCCUCAUUAAACAUUAAUUCAUCAUUUAUAAAAUUUUUAUUGAGAUCAAGUGAUAUUGUAGAAACAAUCGAUUUAGAAGAUAAUAAUAAUAUUUUAAUUAAUGAUGACGAAGCUUGGAAACGAU